AUGAAUCUGACUCUCCCUUCCUUCCUUCCUUUCUCUCUCUCUCUCUGUUUUUAUGUCUCUCUCUCGUUUUCACUGUGCUCUUCCCACCACUCUCCACAUCAUCUUCUGUCUCGCCCUCCCCACACUCUAGUCACUCACUCCUCCUUCUCCUCCUCCAACCCCUCCUCCCACUACACCUUUUUUCGUUCUUCUGAAUUUCCCCUAAAUGUAGUUUUUAGACUCAUUUAUUUCGUUCUCCCUUUCCUUCUAUUUACCUGUUUUGUCAUAUAUCAUACAAAUGUUAUUUUUCAUUAUCUAUCUAUCUAUCUAUCUAUCUAUCUAUCUAUCUGUCUGUCUGUCUGUCUGUCGGUCGGUUUCCAUGUAUUUAACUGUGUAUCUCAAUCUGCUUGUCUAUCUCAGUCAAUUCUAUCUCUACCUGGUUGUUUUUCUGUUAAAUUCUAUUCAAAUCUAUCUAUAUCUAUCACACUGAUUUCUUAUCUCUAUCUAUCUAUCUAUCUAUCUAUCUAUCUAUCUAUCUAUCUAUCUAUCUAUCUAGCAAAAUAUGUUUCUUUAUCAAAAUCUAUUCAUCAUAUCUUCCCAUCUCUGCAGUUUGUGUUUGUUUUCUUUUUGGCUGGCUGGGUCUUCCAAGAUAUAUAUAGUACCUACUUACGAACUCAGAGAUGUGUUUUACAUCUAUCUAUCUAUCUAUCUAUCUAUCUAUCUAUCUAUCUAUCUUAUUUGUUCAUCAAUACCUAUCUUAUUACGUUACAUAUCUAUCUAUCUAUCUAUCUAUCUAUCUAUCUAUCUAUCUAUCUAUCUAUCUAUCUAUCUCAGUCUAUUCAUAUCUAUCUAUCUCAGUCUGUUCAUAUCUAUCUAUCUAUCUAUCUAUCUAUCUAUCUAUCUAUCUUCUAUUCACAUCUAUCUAUCUAUCUAUGCCCAUAUAUUUCUCCAUAUCUAUCUGUUUCUGUCUAUUUAUAUGCCAUAAAACCUUCUGUACGUUCGUGUCACGAUGUGGACGACGACGAGGACGCUGAUGAUGAUGAUGACGCUGAUGAUGAUGAUGAUGAUGAUGAUGAUGUGCGCAUUUCACUGACCACAUUGUAUACUAAACAACUGAUUCUUUUUUUCAUAUAUCAUUUCUAUUGUGAAGCCAACAAUUGA